UGCUGCGAGAGAUUGCCAUUAUGAGCGAGUGUCUUCCGUCGGUCAGUCUCUAGGAAUCGGUGCGUUUUGCUGCCGCCGCCGUGCUCGCCGCCGCCCCCUCACUUUCUCUCUCGGUCGGGGAGUCCCUCAGGCCGCCCCACGGGACAGGGCCGCCAGGGAACAGGUGCAGCAGAAGUGGCAGCGUCAGAUAAGACUCCGAGACGCGAGGGUGAAGGGCAGCGCUAAGCCGAAGCCGUGGUAGGGGAGCAUUAGGACACGAGGACACAAGCGGGGUCAGUUGGAGAUCACAUCUACCCGGCGGCCAGGCAGCCAUGUUUACCAGACAGUAGAGACGCCUGGCGCCCGCCACCGGAACCAACCUCUCGUCCACGGCUUCUCAUAUUUUCCUUUAUUGUUCUUCUUGUUUUUCUUGGAACCCCAAGAUGAGUUAUCAGGCGCGUCCCUGAGGCCUGCCUCACCCCUUGUAGUGAGAUAUGGGGGCGUAGUGUUGUGGGGUGAGCGGGGUGUACGUGCUCGUACCUCUGGCAGCCGAGCUUUGGACUGACUAAGGAAGACUGAGAGACCUGCCUCCGUCGCUGGCCCUGGACGGCGCCGUGUACAUGUGGACCUUACUGUAGGAAAUGCCGUGUGUGCGUGUGUUUGUGUACACUGUUUGAGGGUGUGAACACUGCUCUGCCGACUCGUCAGUUCUUCCCCGUGGCUUGUCAGGAUUAGCUUGAGUGUGUGUGUCGCAUAAGAAGAUGUGUGUUAAGGAAUACGCUCCCAAAACAACACAGGUGAGGAGGAAGAGUGUUCUCAGGGGCGCGCGCUGCCUGCCGUACGAGGAACCCAACUCUACUCACCCAAGACCGGACGCUUUCGGCAGGGAUCGUACCGUAAGGUGCCCCCCAUUAAUUGUAUGGUGACUGACGUCCCAUCACAUCCUGGUUCAAGGUCUCAUGGAAAGCUGAGGUGGUUGGCUUUCUUGGUUUUAAACGGACCCCCAGCCGCGCCCUCGUCAGUUGUCGCCCCCAGUGAGUGUUCUGCCGCUUUGGGUCACCACCAGAGAGCCCGGGCCCGCCGCCUGCCUGCUCUGAGGACACCAGCCUCCCCAGGGGUGCCCUCAUCCCUCCCCGGGACGCCGCCUCCCGGGAGAGCUGCCUCUCUCAGGCGUCAGGAGGACUAACGCCGCCGAGGCAGACGCGUUUCGCCCCCCGCCGGGAGGCCUUUGGCCCACCUGGAGGUGUUCGCCUUGACCUCUUGAGGGCUUUUUAGGUGUUCGUGUAGCGGCACCGCGGGGCGUUUCUGCCCAGGGCGGUGCGAGGCGAGGGUCGAGCAGCGCCGUUGGUCGCGACCCGAGUGUGCCAGAGCCGUCAGCUGUGUUCCUUUCGUCUCCCCCUUCUGCAGCAUGGCGGCCGUAGCGGUAGUGUCCGCGGCAGCCCGCUAGGGAAAAUGAAAUUUAGGUUGCUACCACAAACUGUUGGACCAGGCUUGGGUACCUAGCAGCGACCGGCGCGCCCCUCCGGCCGGCGAGUGUGUGUGUCGCGCCGCGGCGGUGCUCGGGAAGACAGGACUCGUGGCGCCCAGGCGAGGGCUGCCCCCCAGGUGACCCGCCGCCUCACUCACCCGACCCACCCAACCCGACCCUCCAAGCCUGACUGACCCGACUUCUCGACCUCGCCAUGGACACCCUACACGCGCCCACACCAGCCCCCGCCCGUGACAAGGCGGUCAACGGGGGCCACGCCCACGUCAUCACCUCUCUCAACUCACCACUCCUGCCGCCCAAGGUGGCCCACGUGGCGCCCCCUGCCCACGUGGCCCAUGUCCCACCCACACACAUGGUCGCGCCCCACCUCAGGCACCACACGCCCGUGGCCAACCCACCUCCGCCCCUCGUGGCCCACCAACACCCGGCCCACCCACACCCGCCACGGCCACACCCGCCACACCAACACCCGCCACAUCAACACCCGCCACAUCAACACCCGCCACAUCAACACCCUCCGAACCGACUCCCGCCCACACCCACGGAGUCCCCCAGGCCCGCCCACAAGGACCCGCCGCCCGCCGCCCACUCCUCGCCCGCCCUAGGGCAGCGGAGCGGGAGCAGCGGGGAGAGCGAGGGCGGGGGCAGCGACAGCACCCCCGCCGCCAAGGACGCCCCGCCAAACGGCCGAGCCUCGGGGACCCCCAGGGAGGAGGACUCUUCCGACACAGACAUGGAGAUCAAAAGCCUCGAUCUGACCGGCCCCCGCCCGUGCCCGCCCCUCGCUGACGGGCGGGCCCUGGUGCGCGGCGGGACAGCUCGGGUCAGCCUGCGGGAGCGUCGGGGCCAGGAGAGGGAGCGACCCAUGUCCUGGGAAGGCGAACUCUCCGACGCCGACGCCACCAAGCAGGAGCCGGCGGAAGAACAGAUGAGGGUGGACGCCGAGGAACCCAUGUCCCCAAUGUCCCCCAUGUCUCAGGGUUCCGACCACGAGCACGAGAAACCCGCCGUCAGACAGGUGAAGCUGGAGGAGAGCGGGGAAGAGCAGACAGUGUACUCCUCCCAGCCCGCCUCCCACACCGACUCCCCAGUGCCCCCCAGGAGCGACUCUGGCUGUGAGGUGUUGCCCGGCCCCUACACCCCCAGCCAGAGCCCCCUCCUCCCCCGCCUGCACCCCCACACCCACUCCCCCACACACCUCUACUCUCCCACACAGUCCCCGGGCCCCAGCAGGCACGUCUCCGGGUUCUCUUCUCCAUACAGCCACACGCCGUCGACGGGACUGAGUCGCAACAACAGUGACGCAUCCCAGUAUGGCGGUUCUUACAACAGCUACUCCUCCGCCCCGUCACCCAUCUCUCCAACACACUACUCGCCCUCACAAUCACCCAUCCAGCAGCGACACAUCAACUUCCCGAUGCCCAACCACCAGUCUCCCAACCUGGGCCGCGUCCCCCAGUACACCGGGGGAGCUCCGGGCGCCAUCUACAACGCUCCCUUAGACCUCCGGGAGUCGCACAAUCCCAUCUCCCACCCUGACUCCUCUAAAGACGUGAAGGAGGACGAGCGGCUGGCGGCGGACCUCCAGCAGCACUCGGUGAUCGCGGCGCAGUCCGGCAUCACCAGGCAACAGCUUAUCAACAGCCCUUGUCCAAUCUGCGGAGACAAAAUCUCAGGCUUCCACUACGGCAUCUUCUCCUGUGAGUCGUGUAAAGGUUUCUUCAAGAGGACUGUACAGAACAAAAAGAACUACGUGUGCAUGCGCGGCUCCUCGUGCCCCGUCAGCACCAGCACCAGGAAGAAGUGUCCGGCCUGCAGAUUUGACAAGUGCCUCUGCAUGGGCAUGAAGCUCGAAGCCAUCCGUGAGGACCGAACUCGUGGAGGACGCAGUACAUAUCAGUGUGCCCCCUACCCCCUUCCUCCAUCUCUUGUGACGCCCAAUGCCACUGGCCAUCAGCUGGACCCCCAGAGGCUCCCUGAUCCUACUGCCGUCAAGGCAGAGCCUUCAGAUGGAGAGGAAAUCAAACCUUCACCUUCUGAUGAUAAGAGGCCCAUACCUCUUCUCCUGCAGCAAAUCCAUGAUGUAGAGCACCUGUGGCACUGCAGCGAGAGUGAAAUGGAACAGCUUCGGCAGUCUGAGGAGGCAGCUCGCCACGCCAUGGAAAACAACUCCCCAGACUUCUUGAACAACCUCUGCCACAUAGCUGACCACCGACUCUACAAGAUCGUCAAGUGGUGCAAGUCUCUGCCUCUUUUCAGACACAUAACGAUUGAUGACCAAAUCUGUUUAUUGAUCAACUCAUGGUGCGAGUUGCUGCUUCUGUCAUGUUGUUUUCGAUCAAUGGACUCCCCGGGUGAGAUCAGGGUGAGCUCAGGCCGCACCAUGACCCUGCAGCAGGCUGAAACCAUGGGUAUUGGGCCAUGCAUCGAGCGCAUGCUCAACCUGACCUACCAGCUCAGCCGCCUCCAGGUGGACAAGUACGAAUACAUGGCAAUGAAGGUCAUUGUGCUGCUAUCUUCAGAUGUGUCGGGACUCAAGGAAGGGGAGAAGGUGCGGGACUCUCAAAAGAAGGUGGUGCAGGCGCUGCAGGAGUACACACUCACUCAUUACCCUCACUUGCCGCCAAAAUUCGGGGAACUUCUCCUUCGCAUUCCUGAACUUCAGCGGACUUGUCAGGCGAGUAAGGAAAUGCUCUCUAUGAAGAAGAAAGAGGGCGAUGUGCCAAGUUUCAACUUCCUCUUCGAGCUACUAAGAGGGGACCAUUAGUUAAGGUUGGAGUGCAACCUCGUUUAAGCAUCAGUUGCUGCAUCUCCCUCAGGUAUGUGUGAUCACUUUGGCCUCAUGACGUGUAGUGUUGCAAAGGUACAGCUUCAGUGCAAGAAUCAACAACAUGCCAUGAUAACACCUCUACAGGGUUAUGACCUAAAGUGAUGACAACACUAUGGCUGUGAUAGUGGACGUCACCAACUCACCCGCCUGACUCACAAGAUUCUUCCUCUAAGAGGAAGAUUCAGGAAGAAAUCUGUACAGGUCGUGUAUGCUGUUGAGAUGGAAAUACAGGGUGUUCCUCAGUUAUCUUUAUCAUUUAUUACCUUGAAUAGAAGAGGUAACUGAGGAGUACUAUGUAUUUUAUUUUGUAGAUACAGUUCAGAUGUCCUACGUGUAAUUCUGAGAUACCAAAUGCAAUAUAGAGUUUUAUAAGUGAGUCCACUGGGUAGAUUAGAGAAGUUAUAAGGAUAUGCGUGACCUGAGUUACCACGUGUUAAGUGAGCGCAUCUGUCGCCACUAUACCUGAUGGGAGAUCAUCUGAGGCUGUGGCAUGGGCUCCGGGCUACACGCUGUCUUCCAAUGGAUAUACUCUCAAGAAGCAGUACAGUAUUUUUUUAGAAAUAUCAUCUGCCAUGCCAUGUGUCCUGUAUCACCAUGUUGCCAACGUUACCUCUGCUGACUCCCCUCACUCCCUGUGGCCAAAGAUUGUGAUAGCUGGUCAGGCUUGCUUGGUGCUGUGCACAUUUGCAUAUUUUAUUAAUAUGACACGCUGUGCACUUAUGUGUUAAUUGCUAUUUUUGUACUCCCUUUAAGUUAGUCUCUGCUCUCUCUUUAGAUAGAGCCAGAAGACUUUUUAAGUCGAAAGCACAUUGAUUCUACAAAUAUUACUUAUUUUUGUUAAAGUUUAUGAUUAGUUGUGAUGUUUGUAAUGGAGAAGCAUUGAUGGUGGCUGAGGUGAGAGGGAGCAGCAGGGCAGACGAGGCAGCAUGGGUGAGAGCAGCAGCAACAGCAGCAGCAGCAGCCGCGGCGGUAGAGGUGCCAGAGGCCACCAUAGACUGAAACUCUCUAAUGCUAAUUGACAAUCAACAAAAUCUUGCUGGACCAAAAAAUAUAUAUGAGAAUUUAUAAAUUGAGACUUAUAUUAGUAGAUGCUUUAAUGGCAUAAAUCUGCCCGUUGACUGACAGUAUUAGACACCUACUAGUCACUCGACAGUCACUUUUACCACUAAAGUCAUGCACACUCCUUUCUCAAUGAAAUCCCAGUGAUGCCCAAGUCAGUAGUAUUAGAGAGCUCUGGUCUUGGUUCGGCUUUGUGAAUCUGUGACAAUUCCACUGUGCUGGGGAAUUGUGCAACAUGAUCACGCUGGGCAGGUGUUGCAGGUGGCCAAGGGCCUUGCAGGAUUGUACCUCAGUCCUCUAUUCUUAUCUGGCUGUUACUCCUUAACUUUUCUUAUGUGGUCAACACCCAGACUCCUGCCUCCACAUUGUUGUACACUGUGGAGAUUUUGGGUCAUGGGAAGCUUAUACAUGUAACAGCACUCAUAUCUACCUGUGUACUCAUGACUGAAGUAAAUCCUGCAGCCUUGGUUUGCUCAGCACCACCACCCACCAACCUUACACACAGUACCUGUCAACCAGCAACUAACCAAGUGCGGCAUUGUGGCACCCUAGAGUUAUAAUCUUUUUCUUCCCUCUAUUUUUUUUCAUGCGUGCAUUUCUUCCACCUUCUUUCUCUAUAUAUGAUAUAUUUCUAAAUGCUAUUUGAUACUUUUAUCUACAUAAAAAUUCUAUCCUUGUUAUAUAUUGAUAUUGUUUUAUAUAUUGAAAGAGAUCUUAUAUGAAAUUUUUUCUUCAUAACUCUACGUUCCCACAUUGUCCAACAUGAUGAGCUACGAAUACUGUAAUAUCUUCUGUGAUGAUAAUUAAGCACUGUGUUUCAUGUACUAUACUGUCCCCCCAUGCACCUGGGGGGUUAAACAGAAGUGAGAGAGGAGCACAGUGCAAGCUUUUAUACUCAAACUUUAACCUUUAAGAUACCUAAUAGGCUGUGGCCAAUACCUGUUACAUUUGUAAGGGGAGGUGCUUCCUGGGGUGGUCCUCACCUGAUGCACUGUGUUCUCAGAACUCAAAAGAAUCCUCAUCCUUUACCUUGUUGGUCAGAUGAGCGCAGGCGUCAGGGCAGGACCACUCGGGACAGCCCACAAGUUAUGCAAUGUAUCAGUGUUGGAGUCUAUAACGAGCUGUUUCUUAAAACAAUAAGCUGUUUUCCAGUGUCUUUCCAUUUUUCUAGUAGCUCUCAGUGUAUCGUUGUUUUAGCCUCUCUUCCAUCUUGCGCUGUGCACAAGAUUAUUUGGGAAGAGACAAAGAAAUGGUACUAUUGAAUUUAGUGUUCUAUGUUUUCUACAGAAGAGAUUUUUAAUUUAUUGCAUUACAUUUCCUGAUAUAUUUUUUUUUUUCUCAGUUUCACACCACUUUCAUGAUGGCUGUUAUUGGUAACAUUCCAUGAAGUCUAAGAUAUUUGUUGCCCUUUUUUUUCGGUAAACAAGAUUUUGUCAUGUGAUAUUAUUUUAAUAAUUAGCAAUUCAGAGGCUGCUGGGUAACUCCAAAGAGCCGAGACGGCCUCAUGAGAGUGGUGCUCGGGUCGGCAGCGAGAUGGCGCGCGGGGGCCCUCCCAUCUGGCCUACACCACAGUCACUCUUUGAAUUAUUAAACCAAACUUGAUUGCCACACACAAUUGAAUGUGGAUAGUAAAUAUUUUUUAACAAUGUCACACUGAUGAGAAUUUCAUCACCAAGUCUUGAGUGGUCCGUGGGCGAGAGGGUGAGUGGUCUCAGGGAUCCCCCGUGCAGAGCGCAGCAGAGACCGUCCAGGGUGCUGACAUUGACAGAGGCUAGCGGGCGGGGCUCGAGCAGUCGGGGGUGCAGGGGCGGGACUCACCUCUCUUUCCCCAUACACCGAAAACUUGUUCAUCUUAGAAUUAUCAUCACCAUUCAUUUAGGAGUGAUCAAACCCAUUUAAUUUUUUCUUACUGUUUUUUUUUCACACCACAGCCAUAACAACUUAGUUUUUUUUCUACAUUCUAUUGAGACUCUGGAUGAACAAGUGUUCCGUGCACUUCACCACCGCAUCGCGCCCCUGCUCCCCCCACGCCAGCACACGCCCACAUCAGUCCACCCCGGCAAGCCAAAUCACUAGUCCUUACACACUUUCUAUUUUUCGGAGUCUGACUCGUGAAUACCACAAGGUUUACCAGAUUAGCUGUGACUGCUAACAACAAGUCAGUAAAUCUUCAACUGGUAAUGCUGGAGUUAUUGGAAUCUCUUGCCUCAUUGAAUCUCAUCAAAAAAGAAUGAAGUGGUGAUUUCUAAAAUUGUUGUGAAAAAGGUAUAUAAAUAAAUAUAUAUGUAUAUGUAAAUUCCAACAUAAAAGGAAGAAACCUGCAAAUCAAAAUGAACUGUAAUGUGUGCUAUGGAGGAUUUUUCAUAAAGCUAGGUCGUUUGUAUUUUUGGUAUCCUGUACAUAGUUGUUGUCUACUGGAGCAAGUACUUAGUAUUUUAAGGAAACUUUUAAUAAAUAUACUUAAAUACAA